GUAGUGUCUGACAACAUAACGAUGGCUGCUUCAACUGGUAGCGUUAGCAGUAAAGGACCAGAACUAUCUAAAGCCGAGUACCUAAAACGUUACUUAUCCGCGGAUAAAGAUGCCAAGAAGUCAAAGGGGAAGCUUAAAAAGAAACGGCGAAAGGUUCCUGAGAAAGGACUUAAAAUAGUAGACGAUGACAUAGACUGGAAACAGCUGGCCAAAGAGGAGGAGGAGAUUGAAGAGGAUGAAGAGGAAGCGCCAGUGGUUGCUGAGAUGAUUGACGAGAGACCAGAGGAAGUGAAACAGAUGGAAGCCUUCAGAACCAGCAAUAGAUGGAAGGUGAUUGGAGCCGAUGAAAUUAAAGACACAGAAGAUGGGGAAGGAGGGCAUCUGUAUUCAGAGCCUUCGGAAUUGAGCAGGAGUCGCCACGAUUCGCCUGAGUUGUCAUCAAAGAGGAGGAGACAUGAUUCUCCUGUCAGAAAGAACCGCCAUGACUCUCCAGACGUAUCUCCCCCAAGAAGAGGACGCCAUGACUCUCCAGACGUAUCUCCCCCAAGAAGAGGACGCCAUGACUCACCAGACUUGUCACCUCCUAGACAACGGUCAGGGAGAACAGGGAAGGCUCAAAGUAAAGAUUCAUCACCCACCAGAAAAAAGCCCAGCUCAUCAUCAAGUAAAAAACGUUCCCCUGAUGCUCAUCGAUCACCAUUGGCAAAGAGAGCUCAAAAUAGGCAUGAUUCAGACUCGGACCAGUCACCUCCACGAAGAAAACCACUAAAGGGAGAAGCUUCAGACUCAGACCAGUCUCCUCCUCGGAAGCACUCAAAAAAACGAGGCUCAGACUCUGACCAGUCGCCACCCAGGAGGCGGCCACAGAGUGGAAAGGACUCGGAUGAAGAUCUGUCGCCACCUCGUAGACCUGGUCAGUCACAGGGUCCGCGGAUGCUUUCUGGUGGGAAGGCAGGUCUGGUUUCUGUAGAUGUUUUAAGAAAGGAGCAGGAGGAGAACCGACGCAGAGAAAAAAACAACCAGCCACUAGAAGAUGAAUCCCGCAAUGCUCAGACGGUGUUCCGAGACAAGAGCGGUAAAAGGAGGGAUUUAGAUACAGAGAGAGAAGAACAGAAGAGGAAAGCUGGAAUCAAAGCAGCAAAGGAUGAGAAAUAUGCACAGUGGGGGAAAGGGUUGGCCCAGAGCCAGAUGCAUCAACAGAAACUUGAGGAUGCCCUGCAUGAAGCCCAGAAGCCGCUGGCACGUCACUGCGAUGAUGAGGAUCUUGACCGCAUGUUGAGAGAGCAGGAAAGGGAGGGAGACCCAAUGGCUGCAAUGCUCAGACGGAAAAAGGAACGCAACACGAACACACAAGACAAACCUCGAUAUAAAGGCCCAGCACCACCUCCAAACCGCUUCAAUAUGCAACCAGGCUAUCGAUGGGAUGGAGUUGACAGGUCAAAUGGUUUUGAACAGAAACGCUACACACGGAUGGCAGAUAAAAAAGCCGUCCAGGACGCAGCCUAUAAAUGGAGUGUUGAGGACAUGUAAUGGCAGUCGGACACUGAUGGAUCAGGGAGCUGAAGAGCAGAAAGCAGAAUAUCGAAUCCAUGCUGUUGAAACAACUGCAGAUUAGACAUCUGCUCAAAAGACCUGACAUUUUGAAAAAGAAAAAUGUUGUUCACCUUUCCAAAGCAGUUUUAUAUCAGCUACAAACAUAACUGUAAAUAGCAGUGAAUUGACAGCAUCUUUAUGAUUUUGUAAUAAUUGACUCAAUCAGGACCAGCAGAACAGAUGUGUUUUUCAUUGUUUUAUUAAAUAAUGUUUUUGUAAA